AUGAAAGUUGGCGACUGGUUUCGUGAAUGGCUCGCACUGGCCUUGGUAGUCACUCGGAAGCCUCUAAACGUAAACAGUCAGGACCGUGUAAAACAGUUCCUAAUAUUAAGCAAUAUCCGCUCAUACGAGAGAGCCAGAGUACUAGGAACACGAGCUUUACAAAUCGCAAUGUGUGCACCAGUCAUGGUAGAAUUAGAAGGAGAAACCGAUCCCUUGCAAAUUGCCAUGAAAGAAUUAAAGCAGCGUAAGAUUCCAAUUGUAAUUCGUCGCUUUUUACCAGACAACAGCUACGAAGAUUGGGGCAUUGACGAACUAAUUAUAAUUGACCAUUAAUGUCGAGCGACUGUUUUAUAUUCUAUCAACAUUAAGAUAACUCUUUGUGUGUGUAUGUGUGUGUGUACAUACAUACACUGGAUACAGGAUUCAAUGGCAAAUGCGUGACAGUUCAAAAUGUGUGAGAAAUUCGAAUGUAUUAUGGAAGAGAACUUGAAAAUAUUAAUAAAAGUUAUGUAAUAUUUAGUUUAUUUUUAA